AGCUGGCGGCAGUUGGCGCGCGGACUGAAAAUGGCGACGGCGGCCGCACCGUGGGCGAUGGAUGCUGGCAGCUGCGGCGGCUCCGUCAGUUCGGCCCCGCCGGUGGCCGCGGAGGCUGUGGCCGCGGAGUGGAUGCUGGAGUUCGCCUGCUCCUGCCUCUGCCGGCACUUCGCGGAGCAGAGCGGGGCCGAGUUCUGGCGGUGGAGGGACGUUGCGCAGGCUCUUAUUAAUGGCCUCUCCCAAAUACCUCCACAUCAGAAAAAAACAGUAUAUCUCUGCCAGCUUUUGAUAAGAAUUGCACAAGGAAAAAACCUCGGAUUAAAGUUUGAAAAUGAUCAAAGAAUUUCACCUUUGGAAUCUGCUCUUUCGUUCUGGACUUUACUAGAAAGGGAAGAAAACAAACUGGAAAAACUUCAUGAAGAUAUUCGUCGCUUGAUUCAAAUUCAGAUUGUAGCAGUCUAUAUGGAAAACAGAUAUUUCAAGGAAGCUACUGAAGUUCUUGAAAGGCUGUUCACAGAUUCUCAAUCAGAUAAGCCUUUAAGGGUGAAGCUGGCAACUGUAAUUAAAACCAAGGAUCCUUAUGUUCCUCUUCUUCAAAGCUUCAGUUACAGUCUUUUGAUAAGUAAAAUCCAGUCCUACAUUAAACUUUUCAUGAAAGAAAAUGAAACCAACUUCUUAAUACAGGAAGCCACAAAACAUGUGGCAUCUAAAGGGUUGGGAGCAAACAGACCUGUGGAAGUCAAUGAAAAUAACAAAAGUGAUUUGGAAACAAAACAAAGUCUGGUGAAAGAGGAACAUUAUGUCACAAGUCAGUCAUCUGGAGACAUAAAAAAACCCAUAGUAAGGAGAUGUUCAGGACGGAAACUCAAAGAGAGCAGAGUUCUUCAGAGUCUUAACAACAUGCAAGAUGUGGGAAAAAAUGAAGUUUCUUCGGCAUGUAGCCGAAGAAGACAGCGAUGGACUCACAAAGAAGACUUGGAGCUGAAAUUGGGAAUAAGGGAGUUUGGAGUGGGUAACUGGGCUAAAAUUUUAGUCCACCGUAACUUCAACAACCGAACAAGUGUCAUGUUGAAAGAUCGAUGGAGAACAUUGAGCAAGAUCAAUGCAAGCUGAUUUGGUCUACAGGAACCAGCUCUUCUUGACCUUCCCCUACAUGAGGACCUACUCUAGCUUUUCAGAAUAAUAUCUUAUUUUAGUCUCAAGGUGUCUAGCAGUGUUGCUGUCCUAAAACAUGAAACAGAAUAGCAAUAGGUAUAAAACAUUCAUGUAAGCUCACUUGCUCUGGUAAUUGUGACUUAAAGCCUGGCCUUUUUUGCAACAUGCAAUUGAUGACCUAGAUUCUGAAAUGUGAAAAUGUUUGCAGUGAUUUAAGAAAUGUCUAUUAUGCAAAUAGGAGUAUUACAUCUGAGUGGCAACAUCAUUAGCAUGAUGGAGGCUAAUAAAAAGUCAAGCAUUCUGUAUUUUCAAAGGGUUGUAUCUCUUUUUAGAGUGACCUUUUCAUAAUUUUAUUUCCUGCCAUAUAACCCAUUCUAAUUUGUUUUGCUUCACUUUGAAAUUUUAGUCAGAUUUGUUACCUCUGUAAGUUAUAUCAGAAAGUAUGUAUGUAUUAGUAUUGCUAAUUUUAUGAGCUGAUGGUUUGUUGGAUUGGGUUUUUUUUCUGCAGUUAAAAAUGUGUAAAUUCAUAUAAUGUUGUAUUUGUAAAUAACAAAUUGAUUGGGGGGGGUUGUGGUUUUUUGUUUGUGUUUGUUUGUUUGUUUGUUUAACAUGGAAAGGAGUUUAUUAUAUAAAUAUACUAUUUACUAACA